CAGUGGUGUCAUUAACCACAAUCCUGUUUCCUCUAACCCAACUUUAUAUGCAUGUAUCGCUUUUUCGUAGUUAUAAGUUAAUAAAUCAAAUUAUUCAGCUUUAACAUCAUGAAACCUUGUUCAACAAAGGGAGUUUUUAGUGCCAAUCAACUAAAAUUCAACAAAAAAUAUUUAAAAGAAUUAACUGUUCAGCCAGACAGUGGAGUUUUCGAACAACAUUGUAAAUAUCACAUUUGUUUGCACCCUGCACAGCUUAUAGAUUACGACCAGGCCAUCAAAGACGAAUUGAGUAAAAAGAUUGGCAGAUACGAUGAACCUUUUGAUGGAAUCUUGCUUGGGUUCCGGAACAUUAAACUCCAUUCCGAUAUCGGGCUCAUAGGCUCCGACAGCUACUACAUUCACAUGGAUGUUAGUGCGGACUUUUUCAUUUUUAGACCCAAGCUCGAGAUGGUUCUAAAAGGCACAGUGACCAGGAUAACUAAGGAUCAUGUGGGUUGUCUGACCUACAAAACGUUUAAUGUCUCUUUACCCAAAACUGAAAGCGACGACGAUUCUUGGCUGGGCUCAAGAGUCAAUGUGGGCAGUGAGGUUCAAUUCCAAAUAACUCACGUUAAUCUACUUGCCCGCUUACCACAUAUUCGUGGGGAAAUAGAAUCAAUUAUUGGGGAAAGUGGUGCCGUUAUCGCACAAACUAAGUUGAAGAAGAAGAAUAAAAAAACCGUAUUUCAUAACGAAGACAAUAGUGCUGAACAGACUGUUGUCAACGAACCACCCAAGAUAAUGCAAGCGAGCAAAUAUAGGAAACCCAAAAAAUCGCAACGUCCAAUCCAAACAAAUGAAGAAAGUGAAUCUUUAACCGAAGAAUCCCAACCACCGAGAAAGAAACAUCGCAAAAACAAACAGGAAGAUCACCUCGAUGAUGGUGCAGAAACAUCGCAAAUUAGCCAAACCGAAGGAAGCCCCCAGAAGGAAAAACGCAAGCACAAACAGAAGACUUUGGAAGACAGUCAACUUAACGUUUCCGAGGAUUCAGUUAAGGAAGCAUCGCCAAAGAAGCGCAAAAACAAGCGAAAGGAUAGCGAUCGUGAGGUUUCGUUGGAGUCCCUGGAUAUGAAGUCGCUAUUUGCCGAUGCUGACAAUGACUUCAGCACAAAGGUUCAAGAGUCGGGGGUAGGCGAAAAAAAAUCGAAGAGGAAAAGGUCGCAGGAAUUCUAUUUGCCUGAGGUCAAACUGGAACCCGAUAGUGAUCUUGAAAAGAUUGUCGGAUGGUGUUGAAAUAAAUGUUGGUUAGCGAGGAAAUGUGAAGUAAGGAAGGCGGAGUGGAAAGACAUCUGAUUAUUUUAUAGAUUGUGGACUUUUAGUAUGCGCGUCGUUGCAAAUUGAUUUUAAUCUGCAGACUAUUCAGUGACACUCCAAUUAAAAUAUUUAGGACUAGAGAAUCUUCAACUCAGUUGCAAUGAAGACUUGGAUUUUUUAAACUCAGGAAUGUUUUGGACCUUGUCCAUUCCAACAAGCGAAUAUUCAGGUGCAAGUUUUUGUAUCACUAGCACUUUUGCCAAUAAAAGGUUUGGUUUAUUAUUAAUUCUUGAAUGAAACACCAAUGAAAUGUGACCAAUAUUUUAUUGGGUUUUGAUAAAUAAAAUAAAAUCUUACAAAAUCGAGCACUUUAGGUAAGACAAAUGCAACUGAUCUAGUUUUCGGGAUUUAAACUAGCAAUUUUUAAAAACCAUUUAGUCUUCGUAUACCCAGGGUUGUUGGGCUGGCUGCCAAGAAACGACCUCUUUCUCGUU